UUCGUUGGUUUUAUGUCGGUGCGUAAAUACCGAAACGACUCAUUACCGCCGCCAUGUUGCUGCGUUUGUAACAACAUGUACCCGUGUGUAUUUGGAAGUAUAAUUUUUUUUGCUAUUUUACGUGAAAUAAAUACAAAUAAAUGCACUUUUACUCGAUUGGCAGAGAAGAUUUGGGCCAGAUCGCACACAGAUCUGCAGAUGGCUGGGACGUCCUCGCUAGAUGACAGCCUGUACAAAUCUUUCUCCAUGAGCAGCAGUAACGUUAACAGAGGCAGCCGGUUCAAGAAUGGGCUAACGGAAGAAGUUAAAGUCCUCUCCAGGCCGUCCAGGAGGCCUGUGCGGGCGGUCAGGCCAGUCAGCGCCGUCAGCUCCAAUGGCUCCUUCCUCCAGCUCAAUCAUCUGCAGGGGGAGCUGGUCAGAAAGAGGAAGGAAUGUGAGGACCUGAAGAAAGAAAACAAGUAUUUAUCAAAUGAGAUCCACAUGGAACGGAUUAUGAUGCGCACAGAGAGUGAGCUGACCAUGAGGAACCUCAGAAACUUGAACCAGGAGCUCCAGGCUCAAGUCAAGGAGCUGAAGCAGAAGCUGUACCUGAGCCAGCAAAGGUCGAUGUUAUGCUCGCGAGCUGCAGAUGAGGCAGAGGAGUCCAGGGCGGAGGCAGAGAAGAGCAGGGCUGUGGCUGAGGCUCGGGCCCUGGGCUUUCAGCGGGACAAGGAUGCAGCUGAGGCUGACAGGGGACGACUGAGUGAAGAGCUGCAGAAGCUUAAAAAGGAGCACGCGAACGUGCAGCUUUUACUGGCACAAACAGAGAAGAACUACUUUGAAAGUAAGCUGAAGUUGGAUCGUGUGUCUGGAGAGAAACAGGCCCUCCUGCAGGAGAGCAGGAGCCUGGAGGCAGACAGAGAUGACCUCCGACACAAGCUGAGGAAGAUCACCCAAGAAAAUGUCCAAAUUAAAGAGAGUGAGAUGAACUGGAAACGCAGAGCGACUGAAUCAGAAGAGGAGAGCAAAAGAGCUAACCAGGCUCGGCGGGAAGUCGAGGCAGAGAGGCAUCUGGCUGAGAAGGAGAGGCAGGAGAGAGUGGCCGAGUGCCUGAGCUGGAGGGAGAAGUACCAGGAGCUGGCUGACAUGUUUCAAGCUCAGGAAGACCUGAAGGCUCUGAGGCAGAAUAAAGCAUGUCAAGCCCACAUCAAAAGCUACUUCCUGUGCAUGACUGAAAGCGACCAGAGGGUUAAAAUCCUCAAAAAUCCAGAUGGCACUCCGAGAAAUUUCACAGAAGGAGAUCCUGUAUACAUCUCCACUCCAGAGUCCAGCGUUGAAGAGCCUGAAAGGAGUUCAUCUAGGACCAUGCUCAGGGUGACAGCUCCACACAUGGGGAGAGAUCUGGGUCCGAGUCACUUUGACGAGCUGCCUGCCUAUGGAGGAGAGCGACCCGACUCAGGCCCUCUGCGCAGAAGCAGGAAGGUGGUGGAAUACUUUUGGAUUCCCACAGAUCAGGACUGACCACGAAUGUAACCAAAUGCUCCUGGGCACUUCACUGCAGUAGAGCUGCUGCUUGGAAGAUUCAAACUGUUGUUCAUGUGUGAAGUAUUUUAUUGGACAGAUGGAAUAUGUAACCGUAAAGCAGAGUAAAUACAGGUAAACAGUAGGUGCUCAUGUACUGACUUUAUUGACAUUAAAGCAAUAGAGGUGCACAAUAAUUCUGAAUACCUUACAAUAAGACCCUAAUUGUAUGUCUUAUACAUAAUCAUGGCUUGAGAGUACAAUUCUUGGUUAAGCCUGAUGGUCAUUUGUUUAGCUUUGGGAGAAGGGAAAUCAAUUACAAUUUAUAGUUUGCCAAUUUAAGAGCCACACAAAUGUAACAUUUUUUAUUAUUUUAAGCCCUCAAUAUAAAAACCAACCUCAUCAGGGCCGCUUCAAAAUCUAGUCAACAUUACUCUUUUGAUAAGUACACAUUUCAUCAUGUGGGUCAAAUUUAAAAAAAAAAAAAAAAAAAAAAAUCCUUCUGAGAUGUUAACACUUGUAAAACAUGCAACGGCAUCAUUGUUAAUGUCUGCUUCAAUACAUUUAUUGUGCAAUUAGGCCAGGAUUAAACCAAAUACUUCAGCAUUUGCAUGGGCUCAAUAUUCUUCUUAGCGGAUUUCUUUAUCCCAGCACAAAAAAAAGCCCAUCUAACUAAGAGGUAGAAACACAGGCAACUUUGAAACGUGACGACAGCAAACCAAUGAUUACAGAUUUAUUUAUUUUUUUCCUUUUUUCAAAUAUUGUAACAUUUGGAGAAUGGGUAUUGCAACCACUCAUAAUAAUAAUAAUAAUAAUAAUGAUGAUAAAAAAAAAAGACAGGAAGAAAGGACAGAACAAAAAGAGUAAUGCUAAUGAAAAGAACAUGCUCAUCAUCAGUGACUAUGAAGAGCACUUAUUAAAAAAAAAAAAAAAAAAAAAAAAAGUGGGAAUUUAGUGAGCAUAUGUUGACUAUGAGACACCUUUAUCAGUCAUGAAAUGUUUUGCCAGCUUGUG